AAAUGUUGUUUGUUGUUGACUGUUGUCACUUGUCAAGAACGGGUAUUUUUUGCGAAAUCGUGACUCAAUUUCGUAAAUUCAAUUUUCCCCUUCCUAUGUGUUUACAGCUGUACCUAAAAGAACCUAAGAAAUAUUAAGACAUAACAUACCUUCACAUUCUUCAUUAAAUUUUAAGUAUUUCCAUCAUCCUCAAUAUGGCAAGUGUUGGCAGUAGAAUAUUUGAGCUGUUCCGUUCUUUAAAAUCUGAUGCUGUUCCUAAACCACCUCGACCUGCUGAAGAUACGGAAUCAAGGGGCGCUAAACCUAAUAUUACCACCGAAGACAGUAAAGAACCCGUUGAAAACGAAGAUGAACAUGAAGAGAUAAUUUUUGAAGAAGAUGACUUUAUCAAAACGGAGAAAAAAACUAAAUUUAGAUCCCCUUUUAAAUCAAAGAAGGGUAAAGAUGACCAUAAGGAUCCAAAGCCAGAAGAUCAUGACAAACGAGGCAGUUUUAGUUCUGUAAACACUCAAGCUACUGGUACGGUUUUCAACGUUGUCAAUGCAACUGGUGUCCAGUUUGGCAGCAACUAUACAUAUUAUAUGUCUGCAACUAAUGGAAAUACUGAAAAGUCUGAAAAGAAGGGGUAUACAGGAGACAACAUUGAAAAAGAUAAUUUAAUUAUUCUUCUUAUGGAAUCAAAAAUUGAGCCAACACAUAAGUAUAUUGACUUUAUUUCAAAGAAUUUAGGUACAAACUGGAAAUCUUUCUUUGGUAGUUUAGGUUAUUUGAUUGGGCGUAUUGACACUCUUCAAAUGGAGAAAGGAAUUACAGAGGCUCGCUACAAAUUGUUAAAAGACUGGGUGGAUAACGAUGACGACGGCUCUCUCGGCCGCCUUGCUUCUCUUCUCUGGGACGAGGGAGAGAGGCAAAUCGUCAGAGAGCUCUCUAUCAUUUACAAGGAAAACAAAAAAUAACUUACUUGUGAGUUGUAAUGUAUAGUCUAGUUUAUAGAAUAGUACGAGAUUUUAUUCUAAGUAACCUCUUAAGUAACCGCCGGCCGCCGUAACGGCGGUUUCUAAGUAACCGCCUCUGUGGUCUAGUGGUAAGACCACCUGUUUCAGACGCAGAGGUCCCGGGUUCGAUUCCCAGUGGGGGCAGAUUUUUCUGUUCGGUUUGGUUGGUGGUAGGGCUUGUUCUAAGUCCGCCUGGCUAGCUACCGCCAUCUUACCUAAGUCUGUCGCCAUAACAACAAUGUUAACAGCAUUGUUGUGUUCCGGCAGUUAGAGGUAAGAUAGCCAGUUCCUCCGUGGUUGAGGAUUCCGGGUGAAGCUUGCUUCCACCUUCGGCCUGAUCGUCACUUACCAUCAGGUGAGAUACAGGCCAAGAGCUUCCUCGUUGUGGAUAAAAAAAAAGUAGAAAAAAACAUUUAAAUAGAAGGAAAGGCUCGACUAUUUUUAAAAAGAGCUUAUUUGCACAAGCAUUUUAAAAGAUUUACGUGAUUUUAGAGUUUAAUGUUUAUUUAGGUGCUAAGUGUUAAGAGAAUUGUAUUUUGCUGCAAAGCAGUUCUUGUUACUGACCAAUUGAGAUUUUAAGAAAUGUAUUUUUUAGGCAUAAAAUGAAAAUUUUACUGAGAGAAAGUUAAAUUUGCUCAAUACCUAGUAUGUAAAUUGAAAACAAAAGUAAUAAAAUAUUUGUUUUUGAUUAAUAUUGAAACCUGUUUCAAAAUUAUAAAAAAAUACCUAUAUUGUGAUAAAAACUUUUUUUAUAUUGGUCAUCAGCUUUACUUGCUGUUCUAUUAUUUUUUACUGUGAAAACUUUUCUAAUGGUGUUGUUUUAUGAAUGUUAUUUUUAUUUCCCUACCAACUAUUGAUUGUGCAAUUAAUUUCAAAUUUUAUGUAUACUAUGGCCACAGUUCUAGCUACCCAUUUCAGCCAUAUCAUCUCGUUCUAUCGCAAAGAAUCACCAUUUGAUGAGAGCGAGAGAAAAAACGGAAAUGGGUAGCUGGAACUGUGGCCCACUGUACUUACUUUUAUAAAUACCUAUCAAUAAUAUAUUUUAUCAAUAACCCCUUAUAGAAAACAUUUUAUAAUAUUGUAUUAUUUUGAAUAAAACAAGUAUUUUUAAUAUACUAGUUA